AUGAAGUUCUCCAUCGCCUCCACCUGUGCUGUUGUGUUCUCACUCUUUGCAAUCACUGCCACCGCCCUCCCUACCUCCUACAACUCCGUCCAGAGUUCUGAGCUAAUUGAUGCUGCCGCCAAUGCCCUUGUUUCCCGCUCCAUUGAGCACGACUUGAACACAUUCGCUGCUGCCAUUGUUCCAAACUCACUUGAAAAGAGAACCACCUACCCCAUCGUUACCACCAAGGUUUUCGCUGCCAAGGUUAUUGCCCAAAUCAAGGCUCAGCUUCACACCAAGCUCUUUGUGAAGUUGUCUACCUCAAUCACCGAAAAGGUCAAUGCUUCACUUGACAUUGAGGCCAAGAUCCUCGGUGGUCUCCUCAGCAUCCACGAUAAGCGUAUCGUUUCUCUCAAGGCAUCUACCUCUGCAUCUGUCCAGGCCAAAAUCGAAGCUACUCUUACUGCGUCUCUGAAUGCGUCCAUCUAUGCCUCAAUUGAAGCCGAGCUCAAGGGUAAGACCUGCAGAGGCCAGCUCACUCUCACCGAGGAGCAGUUCCUCGAACUCUUGGCUAAGCUUGAAGCCGAAAUCAUUGGCAAGUUCAAGGUAGAGCUUCCCAAGAUUGAGGUCAAGUUGUCCAAGGAAAUCGAUGCCACCGUCAAGGCUGAGAUCAAGAACGCCAGAUUCCAUAUCCCUAUUCUCCUUGAUAUCACCAGAAGCUACAGCGUCGAUGUUGGAGUCACUGUCAAGAACUGUAUCGAGGCAACCCUCAAGACCUGCGCUUCUCUUGAUGCCAAGGUUUUGGCCAGCGCCAUCAUCAAGAAUUUCUAA